ACUUUCAAAUCAGUUGUGAUUAAAAAGUAUUUUGGUGCAUUGUGCCACUUGUGAUUAUUUCAGUAGAAAGCUAGAAACAUGGUGGUGGCAGCAUCAUGUUGAGAUUUAAAUUUGUUGCCUCUUUGUUGCUUCUUUUUUGGUGGAGUCAUGCUAGUGCCACUUUCUUUCCUUUUUUAAAUAAUGGAUUUAACUGUGCUCUGUGGGAAAGUUUGGGAUCUUUUCUUUAAGAUCUAAAUCCUGAUCAAUAUUUUUCCAGAACUUUGUCCAGGAUUUAUUUCAAUAGCUCCUUGUUCUUCGUGAUGCUUUUUGUUUAGGUAUGUCUUCAAGGAACUCUAAUAUUUAUUUAAUAUUUAUGGGCUGUAACAUUAUGGGCGAUUUUUUUCGAUGACAUACAGUAUAAUCCCAGUUAAGUCCAUUUUAGUUCCAGGAUGUAAUACUACAAAAUGUGGAAAGGUUGAAGGGGGGGUGAAUACUUAUGCAAGCACUAAAGAAGAAGGAAAAAAUGUAUUUCUACUUCCUGUGAAUGAAUACCUAACAUAUGUCUAUAGGAUAAAUAGGUCUAUUCCUAUAGAGAAAAAAUUCCUGUCAAAAUAACUGUAUCCAUGCUAGCUCGUACCCUACGUUACGCAGUGCAGGGAGUGUUUAGGGAGAAGGGAGGAGGGUGCAAUUUGGGAUACAGCCCACGGUUCCCCGGAGGAUGCUGCUGUAAUGGUGUUCAGUGCAGGAAGAGACUUCCAGAUGGUGUCACAUUCACCUUCGGUUGUUUUUUUGUUUUUUUUGCCAUGAAGACUAACAGCAGCUAUUAAUAUAUCAUUUAUUAAUUUAUUUCCAUCAAUGAAGACUAAGAGGGAAUCCAGGAGGAAGCGGGGGAAUGCUGCUGCUGCUGCGGCUCGCGGACUUUCGCUCGGUGGUGCUGCAUCAGGGCGAGAGCCGCACUCUGUCCUGCGGGCUUUGGUGCUCUGAGAGUCGGCGUGCGUCCUCAGGAAAGUGGCCGGAUGAUGAUUGCGGCCUGGGUGUCCGACUCCUGGUGGAGGAAAACCCUGUAUGUGAGCGGAGGAGCGCUGCUCGCUGCUGCUGCUUAUCUCUUCUACGAGCUGCUAUCCAUCAAGAAGGAGCAGGAACUCGACUCUACAGACGCCAUCAUCCUCCACCAGUUCUCCCGACCGGUUCUCUCUCCGAGUCUUUAUCCGUUCUGCCUGAAGAUAGAGACCUACCUGAGAAUGGUGGACCUUCCAUAUCAGACUUACUUCGACGGCCGUCUCUCUGCUCAGGGCACGAUGCCAUGGAUCGAGUACAACCACGAACGUGUGUCUGGGACGGAGUUUAUCAUCGAGUUUCUGGAGAAGAAGCUGGGCACGAGUCUCAAUAAGAGUCUGAGUGCGGAGGAUAAGGCCAUCACUCACACCAUCACUAAAAUGGUGGAGGAACAUUUACACUGGACGUUAGCAUACUGUCAGUGGGUGGAGAACGUGGAGAAGACUCGCCACAUGCUGGGUGUGUGUGAGCUGCUGCAGUGGAGUGUGUGUGAGCUGAAUGGCAGCCUGGUGAAGAGGGAGAUGUACUGCCAUGGCAUUGGCCGCUUCAACACACACCUCAUCCACACACUGCUAGAGAGAGACCUGCGCACUCUCUCCACGCUGCUGGGAGAUAAGAAGUACAUCAUGGGCUCUAAAGUGUCCAGCGUGGAUGCUGCAGUGUUUGGACAUCUUGCUCAGGCUAUGUGGACACUACCGGGAUCCAGACCAGAGCAACUCAUUAAAGGUGAGCUGCCGAACCUGGCGCGAUACUGCGAGCGGAUCCGGCGCGAGUUCUGGCCCGAGUGGGUGCUAGAUUAUGAGGAUUUGUUUUCAGAGACAUACAUGGACGCUCCUACACAACACGGACUGUUCUCCUGCGCUGACACGCUGGACGAAGUGGACACACACACUCUUUCAAACAAACAUUCACCAGACACAGACCGCUCGGGACGCUCGCUCUCCGACUCCGACUUCGAGGUGGACCAAUCGGACGUCAAGGUCAAAGCUUGAAUGACAUUCAUUUUACAGGAGCAGAAUUUUUGCACUGAGAGUUCCUGAGACAUACAUGCAAUUCAUACCAGAGCUUUGUGUGUGUGUGUGUGUGUGUGUGUGUGUGGUGUGCAUGUCAUAAUGUUUUGUUUUUUUUCUAAAUUAAAGCAUCAGGGUUGAAACUCUUCUGUGAAGGCCGAGUAAAUAACCAAAAACAAAAGGUGACAUUUUAAAUCACUAUAAUGGCAACCUGUAAUUCAAACACAGUGGGCUGUGUAUAUAUGUGUGUGUGUGUGUGUGUGUGUGUGCCAGGAUUUCCUGAAUACAAUUCAUUCACUCAGACUGUGGACUGAGAUGCUGUACAUAUUGGACAACUGAUACUUGUUGAAGAAGUGUUUUUUUUUUUUUUUUUCCCUCACAAGUUGUGCAUAUGUUUCCCAGGUCUCACAUCACAGAUCUUUUCUGUCAAGGACAAAAAGAUUUUAUCCCAGAACCGAUUAUUUAUUAGACUUAUGUAUGUAUGAAUGUAUGGAUUUUUAAACUGAUUGGUUGGUUGGUUGAUCGAUUGUAAAAAUGUGUGUCCUGUCUGUCAUUACCCUGUAGCUGUAAUAGAUAAUAGAAUUGUGGUUAAAGUUUAUAUAACUGCAACUUUCCAUCUAACACACACACACACACACAAAGAGAGAGAGAGAGAAAGUGUGUUUGAAUUGUUCAGCAUUGGAGUUCCUUUUUGGAACCACAAGAUGGCGCUCAUUCUCCUCAUGUUCUGCUUUUCAAUACAGGCUUUAAUGUAGAAAAGUAUAGAAUGUACUUUGUCAACAUCCAUCCAUCCAUCCAUCCAUUUUCCAUAGCGCUUAUCCAACACAGGGUCACAGGGAGCCUGGAGCCUAUCCCAGGGAACUCGGGGCACAAGGCGGGGGACACUCUGGACGGGGUGCCAACACAUCGCAGGGCACAAUCACACAUAUUUACACACUACGAACAAUUUGGAAAUGCCAAUCAACACCUACAACACAUGUCUUUGGACUGGGGGAGGAAACUGAAGCACCCGGAGAAAACCCCUGAAGCACAGGGAGAACAAAACUCCACACACACAGGAUGGAGGCAGGAAUCGAGCCCCUAACGGACUAAGCCACCGAUGUACUUUGUCGCUUCAUAUUAAAUUAUUUUCUCACAUACUUCACUCCAUUUUCCACUUUAAGGCAGCUGAAGUUCAGUUCUAUUAGAUGCACAAAUAUCUUUGUGUGUGUGUGUGUGUGUGUGUGUGUGUGUUUUUAAUUGUUUGUAGUUUGCUAGCUUGCUAGUAAUCAACUCACAGUAGUACCUUGAACUAGAGACCUAGAAAUUAUUCUCAAACUUGAAGCUGAAUAUACAAACUUUCUAAUUAUUCAAUUAUUAAUUAAUUAUUUCAAGUACCAUAAGAGUCAAAAAGUGAAGUGUGAGUGGCUUGAGAAGCAGGAUUAUAAUCAUCUUACCUCCAUGUGCAGUUAAUUGGUUACCUAGACUCAACUCCAGAACAUACGUUUAUUUAUAUAUCAUAUAUCUAUGCAUUUAUUUAUUUAUUUAUUGGUUGGGUAUAAUGUGAUUAUUAUUAUUAUUAUUAUUAUUAUUAUUAUUUGGCUGAAUCAUUUUGCACAUUUUUCAAGAUGGCGAGCUGCUGAUAAGAAGUGCACUGAUAUUGGGUGUGUUUUGUGGUCUUUCUCUGACUCUCUGUGUGUGUGUGUGUGUGUGUGUGGCUGGUGCUCAGCGGUAGCUGAUGGAAAUACAGUAGUUUAUAUUGUAACAGAAAUUCACAACAUUUGUAAUGAUAAUUUGAAACACGAAUAAUAACAGGCAGAAGAUUUUAAAUGUCUUCCUCACUUGUCUCUACGUUCACACACACACUGUUCGCUCUGCCUAAUUUUCUCUACAUUGUAAAUAAAAGAAAUUCCCCAUGGA